UCUUUCUUUUACCCAGUCAAGACACCUGCUAAGCCCUACUUUUUUUUAAUGGGCUUCAUUUUGUAAUCUCUUCUCUCUCUCUUCUCCUCUCUCUUUACUAUCAAUCCACCUAAUCGUCCCGAGUCAUAUCCCCUCCAUCAUGACUCUACCAAGAAUUCAUACCAUACUCAAUCAACCACAGCGUAAACCAGCCGUGCUUGACAUUGCCAACCUCCUGUGCUCUGACGACGAAUUGCCCAUAUCACCCUACACAGCGUCCCCAGUAUCAUCAUCUACUCAGUCAAGACGGUCUUCACCUACACAGGAUGCUUGGCCAUCUCGUGCAGAUGACAGGACACAACAAGAUCAACCAAGAUACCAUCGACCAACCGCCUUUAGGAGCCCUACUCAACGCCAGUCUCCUAACCACCAUGCUACGUACACAUACUCGCCUUCGCCGCCCGAGUCAUACCUUAAUCGCAGCCCUAGUCCUUCUUAUCAUGAGACUUCACCGUCCCCUCGAUAUUCACCUACCAUAAAGGCUAAACGUAAAAGAGCGAGCGCAGUACAGUUGGAUGCUUUGAAUCGAGUGUUCACUAAAACAUUCUUCCCUUCCACCGAAACGCGUAAUGAACUAGCUCGACAGCUGGGCAUGAGCCCACGAACCGUUCAAAUUUGGUUCCAAAAUAAGCGCCAGUCCAUCCGAACUAGGGAACGUUCUAUCACCAGUAAGGAUAAACGGGAUGAUAGGCGAUAUCAUCAUUCAUUACCUACACCCCCUCUUUCAUCGGCUCACGAUGGCGCCAAAGGAUACAUAGAUUCAUAGUAUGGAAGCUCGCUCUCUCCUUUUUGGCUGCGCCAAAACCCCAUCCAAACCAGGCCAAACCUGUCCCCUCACACCUACCCUUUAA